AUGGCUACUGAAGGAAUCCCCGCGCACACCAAGACAGCUUCAGAACAGGACACUGCUCAGAUGGUCAAAGAACACUCGCAUGCAUUCCAGAACAGAUUAAACACAACUCAGACGGAUAGCCCAGCUAUUGCGGAAACGGACAAGCCCGAUAUAAGCAAUGAGCAGCUAAAUGUGGAGUCAGGGCUUGAGGAGCCCAAGGAUACCGAGCCGACUCCAGACACCAAGCCGACUGUGACAGAGCCCGCAGAGUCUACUACUGGCAACAUUCCUGUUGCUCGUGAAUCUCAGGUUUCAGUAGGACCUAUGAAUGAAACAGUGGCGGGUGAGAAGCGUGGUAUUGAUUCAACUGUGACGCCCACUCCGGUCUCGGCUGCGGACAAGGAACAAUUAAAGCCUGAACUGUCGGAUGAGCCUGAUACCAAGAAGCUGAAGACCGACGAAAAGCCUGCUACAGAGACCAAUGGCGCCGCUGUUGCCCCCUCUAGCACAGAAAAUGCAGGACAGAAGAAGGCUGGUCGGUCUAAGAAGGAGAAGAUUAAGGAUGUCGUGAACAAGGUUAUCCCAGGAGAUGGCAUUGGUAGCCGGACCCGCAGCCGGACUAAGGGUGCUUGA